AUGAGUAGUGACGAUUCAAUAAUAUCUAUAGAUUCAUUACAAGAUCAAGGGAUUAAUGCUGGUGAUAUCAACAAAUUGAAAUCAGCUGGAAUAUGUUCUAUCACAUCAGUGUUAUCCACAACUAGACGAAACUUGACUAAGAUUAAAGGUCUAAGUGAAAUCAAAGUUGAAAAAAUAAAAGAAGCAGCAGGGAAAAUCAAAAAAUGUGGGUUUAUUCCUGCCACUAUUGUUGCUGAAUUGAGAACUAAAGUAUUUCAUAUCACGACUGGAUCCAGACAGUUUGAUGAAAUACUUGGUGGUGGUAUUCAAUCAAUGAGUAUUACUGAAGUAUUUGGGGAAUUUCGAUGUGGUAAAACUCAAUUAUGUCACACCUUGUGUAUUGCUGCACAAUUGCCAACUGAUAUGGGUGGAGGAGAAGGACGAGUGGCAUAUAUUGACACCGAAGGUACUUUCAGACCAGAUAGAAUUAGAUCAAUUGCAGAAAGGUAUGAUGUGGAUGCUGACACUUGUCUUGAAAACAUAUCUUAUGCUCGAGCAUUGAAUAGUGAGCAUCAAAUAGAGUUGGUUGAACAAUUAGGUAAUGAAUUGGCUGAAGGUACAUUCAGACUAUUGAUAGUUGAUUCUAUCAUGGCAUGUUUCCGAGUUGAUUUUUCGGGACGAGGAGAAUUAAACGAAAGACAGCAGAAAUUAAAUCAACAUUUAUCAAAUUUAACAAGAGUUGCCGAGGAUUAUAACAUUGCUGUGUUUUUAACAAACCAAGUUCAAUCUGAUCCUGGAGCUAGUGCAUUGUUUGCAGCAGCUGAUGGAAGAAAACCUGUUGGUGGUCAUGUUUUAGCUCAUGCCUCAGCAACUAGAAUUCUACUUAGAAAGGGAAGAGGUGAGGAAAGAGUAGCUAAAUUACAGGAUAGUCCUAAUAUGCCUGAAAAGGAAUGUGUUUAUGUUAUUGGUGAAGGAGGAAUUAAAGAUACUGAUUAA